CUGCGGGCUCUCGCGAUGAGCCGAAGCCGUACCGCAGCGCUGCUGCCGCAGCUGCUCCGGAAAGUAACGCCGCUCACCGUCCAGAAUCGGGUCUAUCGGCUCAAUAAACGUAAUCAGUUGACAGAGCGAACUGAGCGAGUGAGCACCGAGCAAUUGAACAUGCACACCUUGGAGGCGAAUGCGACGCGCAACUUUGCUGGCAAUGCGUCACAGGUCCCGAUUGAGCCCUGCUUUCGGUAUACACCUGAGCAGGUGGCGUGCGCCGGGGAGCAGCCGUAUGUGUCGGAUGUGGUGCUGAGCAAGGAGGAGCGGCGCGAGUUCUUCUAUGGCAUUGAGAUAACCGCCCAGAACAAUGGCAAGCUCACCUGCGUGGACUUCAACAGCUUUCUGCCCAUCUUGCCCAGCUUCAUCAGCAUUGUGUGGCUGCCGCACUAUUGGAACGUAUCGCCCCUGGAACGGGUGGAAACGCUGCAGAUGAUACGAAACCUGGAGCCCUACAUACCGGCCAUGCCCCACUUCAGCGUCUACAAACAGACCGAGGAGCGUAUCAACGAAUUUUUCUCCCUCAACUUUAAGAAUCUGCUGGCAGUCAGAGGCGACAUGCGGGACGACAACCAAUUCUAUCUCUUCGGUCAUCAGCUAGUCGAGCAUGCUCGACGUGUGCGCAAGGAAUAUAUAUCAAUUGCUGUUCCUGGUUACCCGGAGGGCAAUAAGAAAUUAGAUUUGGAUCAAGACAUAGCGUUCUUAAAGAACAAGGUUGAUAAGGGAGCGGAUUUCGUAAUCACUCAGAUGUGCUACUCGGCGGAGCUGAUAAUCAAGUAUGUAAAAGCAGCUCGUGACGUCGGCAUUGUAACGCCCAUAAUGGUGGGCGUGGUGGUACCCGAGUCAUUGAAAGCCUACAGAAUAAUGGAGAAGAUCACGAAAAUCACGCUGCCAGAGAAAAAACUCGCCGAGCUCGAGAAAGUCCAGAAAGAUGAUGCAAAGGUGCGCGAAUUCUUUGUCCAAUUGGCAUUAUGCACCAUUCUACAGGUACUGGACGCCAAGCUAGACGUGUAUGGCAUUCAGUUCUAUACGAUGAAUCGUUUUGGUGCCGUGCACGACGUGCUUCGUGAGCUGCGCAAGCUGGGCAUAUUGAAGAAAACGCCGCCAGAUGCUUGCGAAGAUGCUUAGUGGUAGCACAUUCAGACUAUCUAUCAAAAUUUGUAGUUUUUUUUU